GUCAAGGCAUCGAAGCUCAUUCAGAGUCCACAUAGUGAUCAUCUGUUCGCACUCCAAAAUUAAUAAAAAGUUUUAUUCUAACGCUAGCUAAAAGCGCACUGCAAGUUUCUGUUUGCUCGAAUCAUCACGUUUGCACGACACACGACGCACGACGCCAGAACGUGUUGAGAAUUUGUUAUUAAUCGUGCUGCUGGCGUGAGUGAUCAGUCGUACGUGAGUCACUGAAAGAAUUUAUUGAAAAAAACGUGUGGCAGAGCCCUAGUCCCUUAUUAUGUGCGCGAAAAUGGCCUUUCAACAUCAGCCGGGUACUGCGAUGGAGUGCCUAAGUAUACCAAUUACAUUACAUAAAGAGACAGAAAUUAAUGAAAAUGGCGAGGAGGUAAUGAAAUGUGGUUUUAAAAUCGGAGGUGGCAUUGACCAAGACUUCACAAAAAGUCCACAAGGUUAUACAGACAAUGGUAUAUAUGUAACAGAAGUACAUGAAGGAUCACCAGCCGCAAAGAGUGGUCUUAGGAUGCAUGAUAAAAUAUUACAAUGCAAUGGUUAUGAUUUUACAAUGGUAACUCAUAAGAAAGCAGUUUCUUAUAUAAGAAAGCAUCCAGUCCUAAAUCUUUUAGUAGCUCGUAAGGGUGUCACCAGUACUUAAAAAUAUGCCAAAAAAAUUUUAUUGUUUGAGAAAUAUUUAUUUCAUAUUAUACUUUAACAAGGUUUGCCCAUCCAAUCUAUUUUUCUGCCAAAUAUUACCGUAAAUAUUAGCAAUUUUUAUCUCUACGUAUAUAUAUUGAUUAAUAUAUAUGACAAUUAGUUAACAAUAUGAAAAUAUUGUUGAAUCAUAUAAUUGAAAUGAUUAAAAUUUCUCUGUUUAUUCCAAACCUGAGGCAAGUGGAAAUUAUAGAUAUACAAUCAUACAUAGAAAUAUGAUAUAUUGUUAGUAUCUUUAUAAAAAAAAUUUAAAACAAAAAAUGCCAAAGUAUAAUAAAGUUGCAUUUACUUACACAAACCUUUGACUAUGAAGACAUGGAUUACUAAUGUUCUUUUUCUAAAAGGACACUGCCAAGAAUUUAUAUUUAUUCAUAUUUAUGUAUUUUUCCUUGUGCAUUUCAGUCAAACCUAAGUGUAGCCAUUCCAUAGUUUUAUAGUCAAAGCCAUACAUAAUAUAUACAAUAUCAAUUUUUUAAAUAUAAAUGUAACAGUAUAUAACAGUAUAUUCUUUAACUGUAACGACAAGGAUGGAUGAAAUUAUAAUAUUAAUAUUUGAAAUUAUUAGAAAAGAUGUUUGAGAAUUUUGAAAUUUUCAAAAUAUUUAUAGUAUUUCAUACAACAGUUAUUUUCUAGUAUAUUUCUUAGACAAAUUUUUAGAACAAUUUAUAUACAUUAAUUAUUAAUUCUUUAAUAUAUACUAUUUUUUAUAUUAUAUAUAUUAUUAAAAUUGUGAUAAAUUAAUCUACCCUUUUUAAUAUGCGUAAUAUGUAAAAUCGGCGGUUAAAAAGUGACAAGACAUUCCAAACUGUACCUAAUGCAUUUACAAUUUGUAAUAUUGUAUUUUAUUCAAAUUUUAUUAAGAUUCUAUCAAUUAGAAAUUAAAUUAGCUAAUGAGAUAUUUCUGCAUGCAUUUAACAUAGUUUUAACUAUUAAAAUGUUAUAAGAUAUCUCGAAAAGAUAUAAAAGUCAUAUGAUUUAUUCCAAUUUGUUAUGAGAAUAAAAGAGAAUAUUAUAAUCUUUUAUCACAAUAAAUAUUAUUAUAUAUACGUUGAUUUAUUUCCAAGAAUCUCAUUUAUAUAUACAAAGUCGGAUUAGAUAAAAUAUCUGUGGAGAAAAGCUUCAAAUAUGAAGAUGAUGAAUUUACAGACGAAUAUCUUAUUACAUUUUUGACAUUUUUUAGUCAACAAUUUAUGCUGCAAAGAUACACUAUACAUAAACAAAGUAAUUUUUGUACUUUGUCUCUUUGCUUUUUUGCAAAGAGCAAGUUUUUAAUGUAUUUUAUACCUUUUGAUAUGCAUUUUGAUAAAAAUAAUUAUGUAUUUUAUCUCAUUUUAACAUCGGAAAAAGUAGGACGAAAAACUGAGAAUUCUCAUGAUAUAUGUAAGGAUACUCAAUUUUGAGAUAUGCUAAAUAUGUUACAAUAGUCCUAGUCCAAUGAUAAUCGAAACGUUAUGCAAUACUAUGUAUAUAUAUAAACAAUGAAUGUGUCAAAGAUAUGAUUGCAAAGCAAAUAUAAAUUCCGUAUGAAUUGUAGAAUACAAUGUAGAAUACAGUGAUGUUAUAAAAAAAAACCAAAGAAAUUGUUGAAACUA